AUGUCUGCGAGGAAGCAGGAGGCCGCCGACUCGAUGGAGCCAGCAUGCAUGCUGUGUGGCCGGGCAGAGGCUGACCCGCACAUCUGCGGGAAGAAACUGCAGAAGCAAGGGAUCUGCGCCCACGUCUUUUGCCUGUUUUUUGCCACCGGCCUCGUCCGGCAAUGGGUCAACAGCGUGGCCCUGAUGGGAUUCCCCUUGGAAGAUAUUCGCUGUACAGUCGAGCACGCAGCGCAGAAGCGCUGCUUCGUCUGUGGCGAGAGCGGGGCCGCCAUCACCUGCUGCCAGGAGGGCUGCGACCGCAGCUUCCACCUCCCCUGCGCCGUGGAGGGGGAAUGCGUCACGCAGUUCCUUCCUCAGUACAGGUCCUUCUGCUGGCAGCACCGCCCAGAGCAGGCAGUGGAGGCGGCUCCGGGGGAGAACACCGCCUGCCUCAUCUGCCUGGACCCUGUUGAGGACAGGAAGUCCUACGGCACCAUGGUGUGCCCAGUGUGCAAACACGCCUGGUUCCAGAGGGCCUGCAUCCAGGUAGGAGCCCUUCCCUCGCCCACGGGGGGGGCACGGCGGGCGCCCAGCAGCACCAAGGCCUCACGCCUGCUCCUCAUGUUUCCCCUGCAGGGACAGGCUGCGCGCGCCGGCAUUUGCUUCCAGUGCCCUCUCUGUAGAGAUAGGCGUGCAUUUCUCAAAGAGAUGCUCACCAUGGGCAUCCGAAUCAUCUUCAGAUCCCCAGCAUGGGAGAAUGGGCACGCAGAUGAUGAAGAAAAUGAGAGGCACAGCCGCUGCGAUGCCCGUGAGUGCCUUUGCCCAGGAGGCAGGCAGCACGCAGAGGAACAGGGGCCCUGGCAACUGCUCCUGUGCUGCUCCUGCGCUGCCGAGGGCACCCACAGACAAUGCUCCCACUUGGGGACCGGCGCGGCCAGAUGGGAGUGCAACAGCUGUGCUGGCCUGGGCACCGCCUCCAGUGGCAGCUCGGAGGUCACGGGUCCCAUCACCGAGAGCCAGUCACGAUCGGGGCCGUCCCACAGCUCUCCAGCACCAGAGACCAGCAGCCCCAGCAGCACUGGUCUCCAGGCGCCAUCGGGCCUCUCCCACGGCUCCCCAGUGCUUGUGGGCCGCAGCUGGUGCCGUCCACCUGGGCCUGACCGAUUGCGGGACCGCUCUCGCUCGCGGUGUCGGGCCCAAAAGCCCUACAGCCGGCGCACAAGAGGCCGUGGCAGGAGCCGCGCACCAGCACCCAGGGCUGAGAGCAGCAGCCCCGCACAGUCGGUGCCGGGAUGCUCCCGUGGCUCCCCGGUACCCGAGACCGGCAGCCCCAGCACCCCCAGCUCUGCACGGCUCCAGAGCAGCCGCCGCCCCAGCCGCCCCGGGCCCGUGCGGGGACGAGACCGCUCCCGCUUACGACGUCGGGCCCAGAACCCUUACAGCCGGCCCGGACGCUGA